AUGGAGAAGCGGGGUUCUCUGGAUCUUACAGGGCCCAUACAGGCAGCUGCACCUGUCCCGGCUGCAAACCUGCAGGGACCUGACCGAGAGGAAGAGGGUCUAAACGCAGUCAGCAACAAACUGUUCCGUUGUGCAAAAGUUCGACGCUGGCUACCACUGGCCUACAGAGAGGAGCUGUACCACGUCUUGAGGCUCACGGGUCCACUGGUGCUGUCUCGGAUCCUCAACUUUCUUCUACCAUUUGUGAACACAAUUUUCUGUGGUCACAUUGGUAAUGCUGAGCUGGCUGGAUAUGCAUUGGCCUCAGCGACCAUCAAUGUCACCACCUCUGCGACGGGCGUGGGCCUGGGUCUGGCCUGUGAUACACUUAUAUCUCAGACGUUUGGGAGCAAAAACAUGAAACGAGUCGGGAUCAUCCUUCAGAAGAGUUCAGUGAUUCUGCUGCUGUUCUGUCUUCCAUGUUGGAGCAUUCUGAUAAACUCAUACAGCCUACUGAUCGCCAUGCACCAAGAGGAGGAGGUGGCACGAAUAGCACAGCUUUACGUGAUGGCCUUUUUACCAGCUGUUCCUGCCAUGUUCCUACAUCAAUUGCAAGUGGCCUACUUACAGAAUCAAGGGAUCAUCCUGCCACAGAUGUAUACAGCUGCUGUUGCAAACAUUUUUAACGUGGGCUUUAACUAUGUUCUAAUCUUCAGCCUUGAAUUGGGUGUCAUAGGAUCAGCAAUCGCCAGUGCUCUCUCCUGGAUCACCAUUUGCCUGCUGUUAUUUGGCUACAUCCGAUGGAGGAGGUUGCAUGAAAAGACAUGGGAAGGCUGGUCCACUGAGUGUCUGCAGGACUGGGGCUCUUACAUGAAACUAGCCAUUCCAAGUUUAUUCAUGGUCUGCUUUGAAUGGUGGAUUUGGGAGAUUGGGGGCUUUUUGGCUGGUGUCCUUGGUGAGACAGACCUCGCUGCACAACAUAUCCUGCUGGAGAUCGGGGCCAUAACAUAUAUGUUCCCUCUUGGUGUCCAGGCAGCAGCCUGUGUUCGGGUUGGUAACGCUCUUGGGGCUGGAGAAACCACUCAGGCCUUAGUGACCUGCAAAGUGGCUCUGGUCUUGUCAGGGUUUCUUGCUUUGCUGCAGGGCUUUGUUCUAACGGGAUCCAAGUCUGUCAUGGGUUUAAUAUUCACUUCAGAUAAGACCAUUGUGGACAUAGUCUCACAUAGCCUCACUGUCUACAUUAUUGUACAGUUCUUCGAUGCAAUUCUGUGUGUCUGCUCAGGGAUCCUUAUUGGAGCUGGAAUGCAAAAAAUUGCAGCUGUAACCCACUUGGUGGGUUAUUACGUCAUUGGGCUGCCUAUCGGCAUCGCACUCAUGUUUUAUGCAGAACUAAGGAUAAUAGGUCUCUGGAUCGGUAUUGCUGUCUGCGUUCUGCUUGAAGUUGGACUCUUCCUUGUUCUUAUCUUCAAACUCAACUGGAAGAAGGUGACACAAAAGGCCCUACGUCGAGCUGGAAAAGUAGCUCUGGUGACUGGUCAUCAGGCGGUGACCACAGUACAGACUGAGACGACUGCUCCUGAUUUGAACAAUGAAACUAUGGUGGGCAGUGAAAAUGCAGAAAAAAGUGAGGGCUACAAUCCAGUCAACACUCAGGACCAAGAGGAAAAAACUGUUUAUGACAUGAACAAUUCAACAAGCAACAAAGACCUCAGUGACCCUGGCGAAGAGGCUGUUCUUUCAACGCUACACGGAGUCCGGAUGACUGUCUUCACUGAUGAAGCGAUGACGUGA